AUGAUGGUGAAAAUGACUGUUAUUUCGCUGAAGAUGAAUCAUUUUCUGCUUAAUGGAAAAGAAGAUUGUCAGCAUGGUGAAGAUGAAUGGGAUGAAUAUCAACGUCAUCUUUCCAAGGGAAAUAUACCAUUGGCACUUGUUUGCGAUGGUGAAAAUGAUUUGAAGUGGACAAAUAUAUCGAAUGAAACCGAUGAAACUCAUUGUGAAUGGUGGCCAUGUAAUAAUCCAUAUUUUGAAUGUGAUAAUCGUUGUUCCGCUGUUCAACAAACUGUUCAAUUCGAUGGAAGAACAGUUAUAUAUGCAUUGUCGUAUGAAAGUAAUUGGUAUUGUAGUCGAGAAAUUCCUAUGCUAUUUGAAAAUAAUAAAAAUAUUAAAUGUCUUUGUCCUUCAAGUUAUUUUGGUGAUCGAUGA